AUGUGCAGAAGUAGCAGAGCCGGGAGAGCUCCCGGUCACUCACUGCUCCGGCUCCCACCGCAGCUCCCGCACCUCCCGCACCUCCCGCACACAGCAGCAGCAGCAGCCGCCGCCACCACCAUGCCGGUGACCGAGAAGGACCUGGCGGAGGACGCCCCCUGGAAGAAGAUCCAGCAGAACACCUUCACCCGCUGGUGCAACGAGCACCUGAAGUGCGUCAACAAGAGGAUCGGCAACCUGCAGACCGACCUGAGCGACGGGCUGCGACUGAUCGCCCUGCUGGAGGUGCUGAGCCAGAAGAGGAUGUACCGCAAGUACCACCAGAGACCUACCUUCAGCCAGAUGCAGCUGGAGAACGUGUCGGUGGCCCUGGAGUUCCUGGAGAAGGAGAACAUCAAGCUGGUGUCCAUAGACAGCAAAGCCAUCGUGGAUGGGAACUUGAAGCUGAUCCUUGGUCUUAUCUGGACCCUUAUUCUACACUAUUCCAUCUCUAUGCCAAUGUGGGAAGAGGAGGGUGACGAAGAGAUCAAAAAGCAGACCCCAAAACAGAGACUUCUGGGCUGGAUUCAGAACAAGAUCCCCUAUUUGCCCAUUACCAAUUUCAAUCAGAACUGGCAAGAUGGCAAAGCCCUCGGUGCCUUGGUAGACAGCUGUGCUCCAGGUUUGUGUCCUGACUGGGAGACAUGGGACCCCAGUAAGCCGGUCGAUAAUGCCCGUGAGGCCAUGCAGCAAGCAGAUGAUUGGCUUGGAGUCCCUCAGGUAAUAGCCCCAGAAGAGAUUAUCCACCCAAAUGUGGAUGAACACUCCGUUAUGACCUACUUGUCACAGUUCCCAAAAGCCAAGCUUAAACCUGGAGCCCCAUUAAAGCCCAAGUUGAACCCUAAAAAAGCGAGAGCCUACGGUCGAGGUGUGGAACCUACAGGAAAUAUGGUGAAAAGACCGGCACCGUUUACCGUCGAGACAAUCAGUGCCGGGCAAGGGGAGGUUUUGGUUUAUGUGGAAGACCCUGAAGGAAUAAGAGAAGAGGCCAAGGUCACAGCCAACAAUGACAAAAACAAGACCUUCUCUGUGGAGUAUGUGCCUAAAGUGACCGGCGUCCAUAAGGUGACUGUGCUCUUUGCCGGUCAGCACAUUUCAAAGAGCCCAUUUGAAGUGAACGUUGAGAAAGCUCAAGGAGACGCCAGUAAAGUGACAGCUAAGGGGCCAGGCUUGGAGGCAACUGGUAAUAUUGCCAAUAAACUGACUUAUUUCGACAUUUACACAGCAGGUGCUGGAGUUGGAGACAUUGGUGUUGAAGUGAUAGAUCCUCAGGGGCGGAACAAUACCGUCGACAUUGUACUUGAAGAUAAAGGAAACUGUGUAUACCGCUGUACCUAUAAGCCUAUGAAAGCUGGGCCUCACAGUGUUAAUGUCAACUUUGGUGAGGAAGCUACACCCAGAUCUCCUUAUCUGGUUAACAUUGGUGAAGCCUGUAACCCAAACGCUUGUCGAGCCAGCGGACGUGGCUUGCAGCCCAAAGGCGUCCGGAUUAGAGAAACUGCUGAUUUUAAGGUCGACACCAGGACUGCAGGAAGCGGUGACCUCCAUGUCUCUGUGAAAGGGCCAAAGGGUCUGGAUGAGCUUGUGAAACAGUUGGAGGAGGUGGAUGGAGUGCAUAUGUUUGAAUAUUACCCCCUGCACCCUGGCAAACAUGUGGUCACCAUCACUUGGGGUGGACUCCACAUCCCUAAAAGCCCAUUUGAAGUUCAAGUUGGUCCUGAAGCUGGCCCCCAGAAAGUGCGAGCAUGGGGCCCUGGGCUCUAUGGAGGCAUGGUAGGAAAGUCUGCAGAUUUUGUGGUGGAGUCUAUUGGCACUGAAGUUGGAACUUUAGGUUUCGCUAUUGAAGGCCCUUCUCAGGCAAAGAUAGAAUGUGAUGAUCAGAGUGAUGGAUCUUGUGAUGUCAAGUACUGGCCAAAGGAACCCGGUGAAUAUGCUGUUCACAUCAUGUGUGACGAUGAAGACAUCAAGAAUAGUCCAUACAUGGCUUACAUCCAGCCUGCAUCUGGAGAUUGUAAUCCAGAUAAGGUUAAAGCGUAUGGUCCCGGACUAGAGAAGACUGGAUGCAUAGUCAAUAAUGCAGCAGAAUUUUAUGUCGAUCCAAGAGAUGCCGGGACGGCACCUUUAAAAAUCUUUGCCCAGGACGUUGAAGGCAAUCCUGUGGAUAUCAACACAAAGUCUAAACCAGAUGGGACCUAUGUCUGCUCCUACAAUCCUAAUAAGCCCAUUAAACAUACUAUCGCCGUCACAUGGGGCGGUGUUGGCGUCCCCCACAGUCCGUUCAGGGUGAAUAUUGGUCAAGGUAGUCACCCACAAAAUGUGAAAGUUUUUGGCCCAGGUGUGGAGAAGACUGGUCUGAAGGCAAAUGAACCAACACACUUUACGGUGGACUGUACGGAGGCUGGAGAGGGUGACGUAAGCGUCGGAAUCAAAUGCGAUGCCCGUGUGAUCAGUGAUGAAGAAGAGGACAUUGAUUUUGAUAUCAUCCCCAACGCCAAUGACACCUUUACUGUCAAGUACAUGCCCCCUGGCGCUGGGCGGUACACCAUUAAGGUUCUGUUUGCUGGAGAGGAAAUCCCAUUCAGCCCAUUCAGAAUCAAAGUUGAGCCCUCACACGAUGCCAGCAAAGUGAAGGCUGAAGGUCCUGGGCUGAAUAAAUCUGGUGUUGAAAAUGGAAAACCCACGCACUUCACCGUCUUUACCAAAGGAGCUGGAAAAGCCCCUGUUGAUGUCAAGUUCAGUGGACCCUCCGCAGGAGACGCCGUGAAAGACUUUGAAGUGAUCGAUAACUGUGAUUACUCCCACACCGUCCGAUACACUCCAGUCCAACAGGGCAAGAUGAAAAUAGAUGUACAUUAUGGAGGAGACCCUAUUCCUAAAAGCCCAUUCUCUGUUGGGGUUGCUGCUCCUCUGGACCUGAGUAAGAUAAAGAUCAAUGGACUAGACAGUAGGGUGGAAGUUGGUAAGGACCAGGAAUUUAACGUGGACACUAAGGGUGCUGGUGGCCAAGGUAAAGUGGAUGUGAAAAUUACGAGUGCCAGCAAGAAACAUGUCCCUUGUUUGGUGGAGCCUGUUACCGGCAAGGAAUGCAGCUCUGUAAAGUAUAUCCCCAAGGAAGAAGGUGUGUACAAUGUGGAGGUAAACUACGAUGGAAACCCAGUACCUGGAAGUCCAUACAGUGUGGAAGCCACCUUACCUCCUGAUCCCACAAAGGUGAAAGCGUAUGGACCAGGCUUGAAAGGAGGCCUUGUUGGAAAACCAGCUGAAUUUACAAUUGAUACUAAAGGAGCAGGGACUGGAGGUCUGGGCUUAACUGUUGAAGGACCUUGUGAAGCCAAAAUUGAAUGUUCUGAUAAUUGUGAUGGUACCUGCUCAGUUUCAUAUCUGCCAACGACACCUGGAGAAUACUUUGUGAACAUUCUCUUUGAGGAGACUCAUAUCCCAGGGUCUCCAUUCCAGGCCGACAUCGAAAUGCCCUUUGAUCAUACUAAAGUAAUUGCAACUGGUCCUGGGUUAGACCACGGUAAAGUAGGGGAGGCUGGCUUGAUUCACGUGGACUGUUCACAAGCAGGUCCCGGAGUACUCACGAUGGAAGCAGUGUCUGAUUCUGGCUCCAAAGCUGAGGUCUACAUUCAGGAUAACAGCGAUGAAACCCAUAGCAUCACCUACGUUCCAAUGUUUGCUGGCAUGUAUACAUUGUCCAUGAAGUAUGGAGGAGAACAAGUGCCAAAGUUUCCAGCUAGGGUUAAGAUUGACCCAUCAGUGGAUACCAGUAAAAUCAAAGUGUUUGGACCUGGAGUGGAAGGAGAGGGCAUAUUUAGAGAAGCUACAACCAAUUUUACUGUGGAUGCCCGAUCUCUGACUCGAACCGGGGGGAAUCACAUCAAGACCAAGAUCUCAAAUCCAUCUGGAGCCUCCACAGAUUGCGAGGUCACAGAUAAGGGUGAUGGGACUUAUGAGGUGGAGUACACGCCUUUUGAAAAAGGUGUCCACGCGGUGAAGGUAACCUAUGACGAUGAACCUGUCCCUAAAAGUCCAUUUAAAGUUGGCGUGACGGAAGGAUGUUUCCCUUCACGUGUAAAGGCCGAGGGUCCGGGGCUCCAGGAGGCUCUCGCUAACAAACCAAAUGCCUUUUCUGUUAUCACACGAGGCGCUGGAAUUGGUGGUCUCGGAAUAACAGUCGAGGGUCCCUCAGAAUCCAAAAUGUCUUGUAAGGACAAUAAGGAUGGAAGCUGCAGUGUAGAAUAUAUUCCUUAUGCUCCUGGAGACUACGACGUUAAUAUCACCUAUGACGGGGAACAUAUUCCAGGUAGUCCAUUCAAGGUUCCUGUAAAAGAUAUCGUAGACCCCAGCAAAGUGAAAGUAUCUGGCAUCGGACUUGGAAAUGCUGUACGGGCUAAAAUUCCACAGCAGUUUACAGUAGACGCCAGCAAAGCUGGAAUUGCCCCUCUUAGUGUUGAAGUAACUGGACCAAGAGUUGAUGAGCCAGACUCCUUAAUGAAACGGAGCCCCCUGAGAGCCCUCUCAGAUUUCUUUAAAGGUGAUUUCAAGCAAGAUGCAAACGAGCCAGGGGUUGUUGAGCCGGUGGAGAUAACAGAUAAUGGAGAUGGGACACACACUGUGGCCUAUACGCCAAGUGUCGAAGGGCCCUACACUGUUUCUGUCCAGUAUGCAGAUGAAGAGAUUCCUCGUAGUCCUUUCAAAGUUAAAGUUCUUCCUACGUAUGAUCCCAGCAAAGUGACGGCCAGCGGCCCGGGUCUGAGCUCCCAGGGGGUUCCUGCCAGUCUUCCCGUUGACUUUGCUGUUAAUGCUAAGGAUGCCGGAUUAGGAGACCUCUCUGUUCAGAUCACUGACCAGGAAGGUAAACCAAAGAAGGCUCAAAUCCUGGACAACAAGGAUGGAACCUAUGCCGUAUCCUACGUUCCUGAUAAAACUGGACGCUAUAAGGUUGCUGUAAAAUACGGUGGCGAUGACAUACCAUAUUCUCCGUACAGAAUUAAGGCAGUGCCCUCAGGAGAUGCCAGCAAGUGUACAGCUACAGGGCCUGGAAUCCAACCAGCUGUGAAGACCGGUGAAGAGGUUGGUUUUGUGGUUGAUGCCACCACUGCUGGAAAAGGAAAGGUGACUUGUAGCAUACUAGAUCCAGAUGGUCUAGAAUCCGAAGCCAAUGUCAUCGAGAAUGAGGAUGGAACCUAUGACAUCUUUUACACCACUGCCAAAACCGGGCCCUAUGUUAUUCACGUCCGCUUUGGUGGAGUGGACAUCCCCAACAGCCCCUUCACAGUUAUGGCUACAGAUGAAGUCCCAGUAGUGGCUCAGCAGCAGAGUGUUAGUGCCUGUCCCCCAGGCUAUGAACCCUUGGUGUCAGAAUCUGCUUAUGCCCCGGUUGGUUCUAUGAAUGGUAUGGGAUUCAAGCCUUUCGAUCUGAUUAUCCCAUUUGCCAUAAGGACUGGAGAGAUAACUGGUGAAGUCAUCAUGCCCUCGGGGAAGACUGCCCCUGCAGAUAUUGUCGAUAACAAGGAUGGCACCGUGUCUGUUCGUUAUGUACCGACAGAGACCGGACUUCAUGAACUACACAUCAAGUGUAAUGGAGUCCAUAUUCCAGAGAGCCCAUUACAGUUUUAUGUUAACUAUCCCAACACCGGAAGUGUUUCCGCAUAUGGACCUGGUCUUAGCUAUGGUGUUGCAAACAAGACAGCCACAUUCACCAUUGUUACUGAAGAUGCAGGGGAAGGUGGCCUUGAUCUGGCCAUUGAAGGCCCCUCUAAAGCCGAAAUUAGCUGCAUUGACAACAAGGAUGGGACAUGCAGUGUCACCUACCUGCCGACCUUACCUGGCGACUACAGCAUCCUGGUCAAAUACAACGAUACUCACAUUGCAGGAAGCCCAUUUAUCGCUAAAAUCACCGAUGACAGCAGGAGACGUUCCCAAGUCAAACUGGGGUCCACGGCCGAUUUCUUACUGGAUAUCAGCGAGACCGAUCUGAGCCUGCUGACGGCCAGCAUUAAGGCUCCAUCUGGUCACGAUGAGCCAUGUAUCCUGAAGAGGCUUCCCAAUAACCAUAUUGGUAUCUCUUUCAUCCCAAGAGAAGUAGGAGAACAUUUGGUUAGCAUCAAGAAAAAUGGUCGCCAUGUUCCCAACAGUCCUAUAUCCAUCAUGGUAUACCAGUCUGAGAUAGGAGAUGCCAGCAAGGUGAAGGUCUAUGGACCAGGGUUAACGACUGGACGUACAUAUGAGAUGUCAGAUUUUGUGGUGGACACGAGAGAAGCUGGUUAUGGUGGACUCUCAUUAGCGGUCGAAGGACCCAGCAAAGUUGAUAUUCAAACUGAAGAUUUGGAUGAUGGUACCUGCCAGGUGUCUUACUGUCCAACCGAGCCAGGAAUUUACAUUGUAUCCAUCAAAUUUGCAGAUGAGCAUGUCCCAGGAAGCCCCUACACCGCCAAAGUAACUGGAGAAGGAAGGGUGAAGGAGAGCAUUACACGGCGGAGAAAGGCUCCUUCUGUUGCUACAGUGGGGGGCAUUUGUGAGCUUAAUUUAAAAAUUCCAGAAAUCAACAUGCAUGAACUGUCUGCUGAAGUCACCAGCCCCUCGGGAAGGACCGAUGAGGCCGAAAUAGUUGACCUUGGCCACCAUACCUGUUGCGUGCGCUUUGUUCCUCAAGAGAUGGGAGUGCACACCGUGAGCGUCAGAUACAGAGGGGAGCACGUGCCGGGAAGUCCUUUCCAGUUUACUGUGGGGCCACUGGGAGAAGGAGGAGCUGAGAAAGUCAAGGCUGGAGGCCCUGGCCUGGAGAGAGGAGAAGCUGGUAUUCCAGCUGAAUUCAACAUUUGGACACGGGAAGCAGGUGCCGGGGGACUUUCCAUUGCUGUCGAAGGGCCAAGCAAAGCAGAGAUUUCCUUUGAGGACCGGAAGGAUGGAUCCUGUGGGGUUUCAUACGUUGUUCAAGAGCCUGGUGACUACGAAGUGAUCAUCAAGUUCAACGAUGAGCAUAUCCCGCAAAGCCCAUUCAUGGUUCCGAUCAUCGCCCCCUCCGAUGACGCCCGCCGGCUUACUGUCUCUAGUCUUCAGGAGUCUGGUCUGAAGGCCAAUCAGCCGGUGUCAUUUGCCAUCAGAAUGAAUGGUGCGAAGGGCAAGAUUGAUGCCAAGGUGCACAGUCCUUCGGGAGCCGUGGAGGAAUGCCAUGUUUCUGAGCUGGAACCAGAUAAGUAUGCAGUGCGUUUCAUUCCCCGGGAAAAUGGCAUACACACUAUUGAUGUCAAAUUUAAUGGAAGCCACGUGCCUGGCAGCCCCUUCAAGGUGCGAGUGGGAGAACCAGGACAGGAGGGUGACCCAGCUCUUGUGACGGCGUAUGGCGCUGGACUGGACAGAGGUGUUACAGGUAAAUUAUCUGAAUUCACAAUCAACACUACUAAAGCAGGACCCGGGGCCCUUUCCGUCACCAUCGAAGGUCCUUCAAAGGUGACCAUGGAAUGUAAGGAGUGUCCUGAAGGAUACAGAGUGCUCUAUACUCCAAUGGCCCCAGGGAAUUACACGAUCGGAGUGAAAUAUGGAGGCCCCAAUCACAUCCUCGGCAGUCCAUUCAAAGCUAAAGUAACAGGUCAGCGACUAGUCAGUGUUGGCGGUGUCAGUGAGACGUCAUCGAUAAUCGUGCAGUCCGUCACUCGCGCCUCCACAGAGACCGUAUACAGUGCGCUGCCUAGGUUUGCUUCAGACGCCAGUAAAGUCACAUCCAAAGGAGCAGGUCUAUCGAAAGCAUACUUGGGCCAGAAGAGCAGCUUCAAUGUAGACUGCAGUAAAGCAGGUUCUAAUAUGCUAUUAGUUGGUGUACAUGGGCCCACAAUACCUUGUGAGGAGGUCUCAGUAAAACAUCUUGGAAGUAAGCAAUAUAACGUCUUCUACCACGUCAAGGAGAAAGGAGAUUACACUCUGGUUGUAAAGUGGGGAGAGGAACACAUCCCUGGCAGCCCCUUCCAUGUCUCCGUCCCAUAAUGUAGAGAACCUCCCAAAUCAGGAUUCAGCAAGGAGAAGAGAUCGUCGUCAUUUGAUCGCGCGGAGCUGACAUCUGCAGAUUGUAUGAAGUGGAAAGACUUCCAGUGUAAUUUUAUAUGUGACUUUUUUUAUACUAGGGAAUUGGAAAAUUUGUAUGUGUGUUUUAGGUGUCCAUUUGGUAAUUUAAUAGCAAAUCUCUACUGCUGGAAGGGCUUAUUAUUUAUACUUGUCGAUAUUGUGUAACUCCUCCGAUGCCAAGUAGAAUAACCUGUUCCUGGUAAAUUGAAUGAAUCAUUUUAAGAAGGGGACCAAUGACAUUUGUCUAAGGAUCAAUAUGAAAUAAAACUGGAAUUAUUUCCUGACUAUUCGAUAUGUAAUGGAACUACUGAUUGCCCCAGCUUGUAUUCCUCAGCCUAACGUUCGGUCGAGGAAAGUAGUGAGAAGUCUGGUACUUUCUAUAUUAGCGCCUGUUGCCCACUGUUCAGUCAUUGGGAUGAGCAGUAAAAAGUUUAUUUAAAAAAAAAAAAUUAUUUCACAAUACCAUUGAAGUGAUAGGAGUUUCUGAGUGACACUAAAUUAUAGUCCGGAUUAAUCUCGGCCCUUAACAUUUUAGAGGAAUGUGCAUUUUUGCUUUUUUUUUUGGACUAAAACCACCAAUUUACUAUUGUCUUUUUCUGAAAUGAAAAAAUAAAUAAAUCAGCACUUAAAGGGGUUGGCCUAUCUCAGGCAUUGAUGACAUAUCGCUAGUAUGUGCCAUCCGGGUCAGAUAGGUGCUGGUCCCGCUCCUUUCUCCAGAGCAGGGCCUCCAAAGUGAAGAAGAUAACUCCGCGCCUGUGUGAAGUGCCCUCUUUUCACUUCUAUGGGAGUUCUGAAACUCCCAUAGUGUUGAAUGGACAAUGCACUGUGCAUGCUCAGCUAUUUUUGGAACUAGCCUUGAAGGGAAAAUGGCCACGCUUGCACGGAGUGCUCCCCUUAACUUUAGAGGAUCCUUUCUGGAGAUACAGUAGAAGCCAGUCAAUGUCUGAGAUGGGCCAUCCCCUUUAAAUGACUGUUACUAAGGCCUAAGUGCAGAUCAACAUAUUAGGGCUCUGUAUAACCUCCUAUGGGUACAGUAUUAUGGCUGAGUACAAUUAAAAGUCUAUGGGACCAUACUAUACUUCCCAUACGUGGCAUGCUCCAUUGGAUGCCAUAUUGCAGAAAUAUCCGGAGUGAUAGUUCCACCUGUGACGGAAUGAUAAUACAUUUUUAAUACAUGACGAUUCUGUUGCAGAUUUGCCACAGAUUUCACCCUAUACAUUGGAAAGGGGAAAAUCUGCAGAUUUAAAAUGUGCACCACAAGUCCAUUUCUGCGGCAGAUAUUUCCAGAAGCAUCUGGAUGAGAUUUAAAAAAAUAAAAUAAAAAUCUCAUCUGCUUUGCUGCUAAAAUAAUACAGUUUGGCUUGUCUACCUUCAAAUCCAGGUGUAAAAUCGUCAUUGCAUCACCACAAGUGUGAACAUACCCUUAAAAAAAAUUUUCUGAGAUUUUAAUACUGAUGACCUAUCCUCUGGAUCUGAUCGUUGGGGGUCCGACACUUGGCAGCCCCGCCGAUCAGCUGUUUGAGAAGGCACCGGGGCUCCUGUGAGCGCCGCGGCCUUCUCCGUGCUUAGCAAGCACAGCGACGUAUAUUGUAUAGCAGCUGUGCUUGGUAUCGCUGCUCAGCCCCAUUAGGCCACGUAAAUAAUGAACGUGACAUCACUGGCCUAGAAAAGCAGAGAGAAGGCCAUGGCGCUCACAGGAGCACCUAGGGUUGUUGCGGGUAUCGAAAUAUUGAUACCCAAUCGAUACUUUUGUCCCGGUA